GCCGCCCUGAGUUGACACUAUAAAACCUCCGCCUCCGUCGACACACUCACCCAACUCAUUCAACCGAGGUACAUCUGCAUCGUGCUUGACAAGAAACGCGACUUGAAAUCAUGGAUCCCUGCGACUGCUCCAAGACUGGAAACUGCAACUGCGGUGGUUCAUGCGACUGCAAAAACUGCUCCUGCACGACCUGCAAGAAGAGCUGCUGCCCAUGCUGUCCAUCUGGCUGCAGCAAAUGUGCCUCUGGCUGUGUGUGCAAGGGGAACACGUGCGACCCAAAAUGCUGUCAGUGAAGAGCCAGCAAAAUCUCUCAAUUUCACUUGUGAUGAUGCCUGUGUCAACUAUUGUUUGAAAUGGUUUUGUACUGGUCUGUAAAUGUUGAAAUAAAUGUUCUCUAAAACUUA